AUGAGAAGCUCUUCCUACAGCCAGAAGACCGUGUCCACGAGCCGAUCCGGCAAGGGAGGUCUGAGGGUCCAGAGCCCCUCUCCACCCCGCUCUCGCUCCACUGAGUCCCGGCUUUAUUACAGCACCCGGGGCAAGGGUGGGAGCUGUUCGACUGGACCGGUGGAGACCGACGAGAGGGAAGAGCUGCAGCAGCUUAAUGGCCGCUUUGAGGGUUACAUUGACAAGGUGAGGAGCCUAGAGCAGCGCAAUGCCCAGCUGCGGCAGGAGGUGGCGGCACUGAGGGACUGCCUCAGGGACCCGAAGGGGCUGGGCGAGGAGUACCAGCGGCAGCUCAAGGAGCUGAGGGAGCUGAUUGGGAGACUGGCCCACGAGAGAGGGGUGGCUGAGAUCGAGGCGGGCAACGCUGAGAAACAGAUCAACCGCUGCAGGCUGAAAUGUCAGGAGGAGUUGGAUCUCAAGGCUGAAGCCCAGAGGAUCCUGCGAGAAUUCCGGAAGGACGUGGAUGAUGCCUCUCUGCGGAAAGCGGCGCUGGAGAGGAACAUCGAGGAGGUAGUGGGCGAGAUGGGCCUCCUGAAACAGCUUCACGAGGAAGAGGUGAACGAACUGACCCAGCAGAUCAAGGAGUCCAAGGUCUCGGUGGAACUCGAGUCUGCUCGUCCGGAUCUGGGAGCUGCCCUAAGGUCGGUCCGGGCGGAGAUGGAAGAGGUUUCUGCCGGGAAGCUCAGGGACACCCAGGCCUGGUACAAGAGCAAGCUCGACAGCCUCCGGAAGCAGGCCAGCAGGUAUGACAGCCAGGUCCAGAGCAGCAAGGAGGAGAUCAGCAUCCUGCAGCAGGAACAGGUGGAGCUGGAGAGGGAGAUCUGCUCCCUCAGAAGCACCAACCAGUGCCUGGAGGACCAGCUGGAAGACAUGGAGAACAGUCACCUGGAGAAAGCAGCCGACCUCCAGCGCGCCAUCUCCCAACUGGAAUUCCAACUACGUGAAACCCAGUCCGUGAUGACACGAUACCUGCAGGAAUACCAGGACCUGCUCAACAUUAAGGUGAAGCUGGAUGUCGAAAUUGCAAAGUACAGGAAGCUAUUGGAAGCAGAGGAGGACAGGUUGGGGCUGUCUCACAACGUCUGAAGGUUCUUAGUCUGUCAUGAGAGAGAAAACAGAAUCCAUCACUUGAAAUAUAGAGGACCACAUGGCUUACAAAGUGAUCAUCUAAGGCAAGACAGAGGACUCACGAGGCACACCGAAUUAUUAUUGGAGUCCACCCAGUGUUAAUACCUUAGUUUCAGUUUUUAAAUGUUAUAUGUCAACAAAUGAUGAGCUUUUUCUGUAAUAGCGCUUAAUUGUGUAAAGUAGACACACGUUGUAUUGCCUUGAAAUGUGAAUCUGGGACAUCUUGAUGUAAAAUGAACAUGACAGCAACUAGCAGGUAAACCAGUAGCCGCAUCAAUAAAGCAAAAUUACACA